ACAACGACAACGACAACAACAAAAUAAUCAUCUCCUUUUUUUCUGGUGUAUUCUCUUGGUUAAUUUCGUGAUUAACUUGUUUUUUUUGCUCUUUAAAUUAAACCGGAAAUUAAGUCAGAUUAAUUCAGUGUUUGCAUGUGUGUGUGUUUGUUAAUUUUUGUUUAGUAAAAUUAGAGAAAUAGUGUGAUAGUGUGAUAAUAUAUGAAUGGCCAAUAGAAAUAAUGUCUUUGGUGUGGUGUUCGUCAUGGGUCUAUGUCAAACAGGUGGUGUCUCCACUGUCGAUCGUAAUCGUAAUAAUAAAACGAAUCCUGAAUUAGCCACAAUAUCCUCGGCCACUAAUUCAGCCGUUGGAUUGAUUGUUGCUAAUGGUGUUGGCAAUAAUCAUAGCUUUUCCGGUGAUAAACAGCUUUGGAUAGAUUCGCCGAAGGCAAACACCACCACCACCACUACCACCAAUAUCAAUAACGAUUUGUUGCAAUCGUCACAGCCGUCAAUCAUUAACAAUCAAACACAAAGUAGUAGUGAAAAUAAAUUGGAACAAAAUGAAUUAUUAACACUGCAACAAACAUCACAAGAAACAGUGACAAAUAAUAAUCAACAACAGUGGAAAAAUUUUAUUCCCAAAGAUUUACAUCAUAAUUCAGCAUCAUCAACAUUAAGUUAUUCAUUUUCUACUUCUUCUUCUUCAUUUCAUCAUCAUUUUGAUCUUGAUCCAGAUCAAUCGAGUAUUAUAUCUGAACGUUUUGCAGAUUCUUCAGACAAUAAUCCGCUCCACCAGCACCACCACCACCAACAACAACAAACAUUGAAGCCAAAAUCAAUAAUUGAUGAAGAUUGUCGUUCAAUUAUAGUGAGAUCAUCAUCAGAAGACGAUAAAGAUUUAAUUGAACAAGAAUUGGCCGAUCAAUUUGAAUUGGAAGAGAGCUUUAAUCUUAAUAAUAAUAAUCAAGCUACUACAAGCAACAAAACAUUUAAUCAUCAAUAUUCAACAAUAUCAUCACUGAUUUUAUCGACAUCACCAAUGGACAGUAUGGAUAUAUCGUUGGAUGCAUUACGUUUGAUACGAGAAUCGCUCAACUAUCAGGUUGGCGAUCAUCAUCUUUUCUUUGUCAUGGGUGCUUCGGGUGAUUUGGCCAAAAAGAAAAUUUAUCCUACACUUUGGUCAAUAUUUAGAGAUGAUCUAAUUCCGGCCAAAACCGUAUUCGUUGGUUAUGCACGAUCCAAUCUGACAGUGGAAAACAUUGGCAACAAUAUGCGACCAUAUAUUCGUAUAGAGAAUGAUGCCGAACAACAAUUGUUUGAUCAAUUUCUCAAACAAAAUCUUUACAUUAAAGGAUCUUAUGAUGAUGCGGCUGAUUUUAUCAAAUUGCAGGCAUCUGUCCGUGAAUUGGCCAAUCCGAAUGAGGUUUGCAAUUAUCUUUUUUAUUUGGCAUUGCCACCAACGGUUUUUGGCACGGUCACACAACUCAUCCAUAAUCAUUGUAUGUCCAACAAUGGCUGGAAUCGUAUCAUUAUCGAAAAGCCAUUUGGUCGUGAUUAUGAUUCAUCCGAAGCUUUGUCCAAACAUUUGUCCAGUCUGUUCAUCGAAAAUCAAAUCUAUCGUAUUGAUCAUUAUCUGGGCAAAGAAAUGGUACAGAAUCUGAUGGGUUUGCGAUUCGCUAAUCGUAUUUUUGGUCCAAUCUGGAAUCGUGAGAACAUAGCGUCAAUUCAGGUUUCAUUCAAAGAACCAUUUGGUACAGCCGGUCGUGGUGGUUAUUUUGACAAUUUUGGCAUCAUUCGUGAUGUAAUGCAAAAUCAUCUGUUACAGAUUUUGACCCUUGUUGCUAUGGAAAAACCAGUGUCAGCAAGUGCCGAAGAUAUACGAGAUGAAAAAGUGAAAGUAUUACGUUGUAUGCAAACAUUGUCACUAGACGAUGUUGUUCUUGGCCAAUAUAUUUCUGAUCCUAAUGGCAAGACUGAAGAUUCUCGUCAAAGCUAUGUGCAAGAUCCAACCGUACCCAAUGAUUCUUUGACGGCCACUUUUUGUUUAGCUAAAUGCGUGAUUAACAAUGAACGUUGGGAUGGUGUACCAUUCUUUUUACGAUGCGGUAAAGCACUUAAUGAACGUAAAACUGAAGUUCGUAUCCAAUUUCGUGAUGUCCCUGGUGACAUAUUUCAAGGCCAAUGCCGUCGUAAUGAAUUGGUGAUUAGAGUACAACCAGGUGAAGCCGUUUACAUUAAAAUGAUGACCAAAGAACCUGGUAUGACUUUCCGUUUGGAAGAGACUGAGCUUGAUUUGACAUAUCGUAGUCGAUACAAAGAUGUUGUAUUACCAGAUGCUUAUGAAAGACUUAUAUUGGAUGUAUUCUCCGGUUCACAAAUGCAUUUCGUACGUACCGAUGAACUACGUGAAGCCUGGCGUAUAUUUACUCCAUUGCUCAAAGAAAUUGAAACGAAAAAAGUGGUUCCAUUACCAUACACAUAUGGAUCACGUGGUCCUAAACAGGCUGAUGAUUUUUGUAUUGCAAAUGGAUUCCGAUUUUAUGGUACUUAUAAAUGGGGAAAACCAGAAACAAAUGAAUCAGAGACAAACAAAAUUCAGUAACAAAAAAAAAGAGCACACACUACGACAGAAAUUGUAUU